GUGACGUAAAGGGCAAGAUGGCGGCUCCCCUCUCCACGAUGAAAUUCUGGAAGCCGGGGGCUGAGGCUCCGGGGAUUUCAGAGGAGCGGGAGCUCAACACAGAGACUACCGGCUCUCCCAUCUUCUUCAACCCGCACACAGCGCUGUCUAUAGAGAAGCAGCGACAGAAACUGCCAGUGUUCAAGCACAGAAACAACAUCUUGUACUUGGUGGAGAGCUACCAGACUGUCAUCAUAGUCGGUGAGACAGGAUGUGGGAAGACAACGCAGAUACCUCAGUACCUUCUGGAAGCCGGCUGGGCAGCUGAGGGGAAGGUGAUCGGAGUGACACAGCCCCGACGUGUGGCUGCUAUCUCUGUUGCUAACCGUGUCGCAGAGGAGCGCGGAGCCCUACUGGGUCAUGAAGUGGGCUACACCAUCCGAUUUGAUGACUGCUCUGACCCUCACGCCACAAGGAUCAAGUUCCUUACAGAUGGAAUACUGGUGCGAGAGAUGAUGGCUGAUCCUCUCCUGAAGAAAUACAGUGUGUUGAUACUGGACGAAGCUCAUGAGCGAACCCUGUAUACAGAUAUAGCGAUUGGUCUCCUGAAGAAGAUUCAGAAGAAGAGACGUGACCUCCGGCUGAUUGUGGCCUCUGCUACCCUGGAAGCCAAGAAAUUCCACGACUUCUUCAACCUGAAUGAGUCUGGGGAUCCUAACAAAGACACGUGUGGUAUUUUGACGGUGGAGGGACGCACCUUUCCAGUGGACAUCUUCUACACUGUCAGCCCUGUCCCAGACUAUGUGAAGGCCACAGUGGAGACCGUGAUGAAGAUCCAUGAGACAGAGGAGGACGGUGAUGUCCUGGCGUUUCUUACAGGACAGGAAGAGGUGGAGAAGGUGGUGUCACUCCUGCAGGAACAGGCAAGGUCUCUGUCACGAUACGGCAUGAAGAAACAUCUGAGAAUUUUGCCCAUGUAUUCUGGACUACCGUAUGCUGAGCAGAUGAAGGUCUUUGAGAGGGUGCCGUCCUCUGUUCGCAAGGUGGUGGUGGCUACAAACAUAGCGGAGACCUCCAUCACUAUAAACGGAAUUGUAUUUGUCAUCGACUGUGCAUUUGUAAAGCUGCGAGCAUACAAUCCGUCCACUGCCAUCGAAUCCCUGGUGGUCACCCCCAUCUCUAAAGCUUCAGCCAGUCAGAGGGCUGGACGAGCCGGACGUAACCGUCCCGGGAAAUGCUUCAGACUUUACACAGAGGAGGACUUUGAAAAACUGCCUGUCGCCACCGUGCCGGAGAUGCAGCGCACCAAUUUGGCCCCUGUUAUCCUGCAGCUCAAAGCGUUAGGCAUCGACAACGUGCUGCGCUUCUGCUUCCUCUCUCCUCCUCCAGCUCAGACUAUGGUUCAGGCUCUGGAGCUGCUUUAUGCCCUGGGAGGUCUGGACCAUUACGGCCGUUUGACUGAUCCGAUGGGCAUGCGCAUGGCGGAGUUCCCACUCAGCCCCAUGUUUGCCAAGAUGCUCCUGGAGUCGGGAAACUUCGGCUGCUCCAAAGAGAUCGUUACCAUAGCAGCGAUGAUGCAAAUCCAGAAUAUAUUUGUUGCGCCGGCCAAUCAGAAGAAAGCUGCCGCCAGAGAGCACAGGAAGUUUGCAGUCGCUGAGGGAGACCACCUCACCAUGCUGAACGUCUAUGAAGCAUUUAUCAAGCACCAGAAGAGCUCCCAGUGGUGCCAGGAACAUUUCCUCAAUUACAAGGGUCUGCUGCGCUCCGUGACUGUACGAGAGCAGCUCCGACGUCUCAUGAACAAGUUUAAGGUGCCGCGGACUUCAAGUGAAGGUGACCCUGAUGUGAUCCUGAAGUGCAUCGUAUCUGGGUUUUUUGCCAAUGCCGCUCGCAUUCACCACUCUGGAUCUUACAGGACUUUACGAGACGACCGCGAGCUUCACAUCCACCCCAACUCUGUGCUUUUUGGAGAGAAACCUCCAAAAUGGGUCGUCUAUAAUGAAGUGGUGCAGACAUCAAAAUACUACAUGCGUGAUGUGACCGCUGUUGAGUCGUCGUGGUUGGUGGAGUUGGCUCCUCACUUUUACAAGCAGGCGAAGCACGGUUCACUUGCCAGCAAGAGAUCCCGGGUCCUGUAAAUGUCAUCACCACAGCAAGACUCAUUGAACUAAACGGGGAAAAUCUCUCUCAAAUAGCCACUGUGCCCGUCUCCAUCUCACUGUAUAUAAAGAUGUAAAAUAUUUAUUUUCCAUAAACGUUCACCUGCACAAGUCCGUCCCCCCUUCCCCCUUCCCCCACUCCCCCACACUUUGUGGCCAUGCUAGAAUAGGACCACGCAGAUCUAUUUUUUAGUACUGACCUUAACACAUGUUUCCUUUGAAAGUGUUUCUUUUUGGCAAAGAUGUGUAGUUUCUAUUUGAGAGUAAAUGAUGACGACUGUGCGCUGAGUCCAGGCUUUUCAUUCGAGCAUGGUCAUGGGGUUCAUUCAUGAACAUUCUUGUACAUAGUCGGAGUGUCCUGAGGUCCAGGGAGCCACUCCUGUGCCAUACUUGGUUUCUAGGCUUCGUUAUUUUUUUUAAACUACCGAUUUCAUUUUUCCGUGGUGGAAAGUAAGUUGGAAAAAGGAUGUUUCCCAGUGAGGGUCUGAUGACGAUGAUUUAGGUUUUUUCUUUUGUUGUUUUGCGCACACACAUACAUUAUUUUUAUAACGAGUGACGACAGAGGUAGUCCUAGACUCUUGGGGGGCCACGGGCAGAGAAGGUGAUUAGGGCCCUAGUGUCAUGGCUGUGUUUCCAUUUCGGUGCCCAUGUUAGCAAAACGGGUGUUCACACUGUAUGAGUCACACACGCGCACGUCUCUCUCUCAGUUCCCAGCCAAAUUUGUCAUAAAAUGUCAAGGAUGUCGACACGGUAGCACAAAGCGUGACAUAAAAUCUUUCCUUUUACACUAACUUUAGUGUCUAGACUAAAUCUGAAUAAAUGAAAAACUAAUAUGUUGUUAAAACUAGGGAUGCUAGGGAUAUUUUUGGACUGCAGAGGGCUGCGGCCUGGUAGUGAAAUCUGACACCCGAGUGAGAUGACCCUCACAAUCACCCACAGAGAGAAAGGUGACGAAGCCACACCUCAGGUGUUUAUAAAAGGGGGAGGAGUCUGGGACAACAAGCUUCAGGGGGUGACCAAAGUGUAGUACCAGUGAUGCGAGCGUGGACUAAGAAAGCCAAUGGCAAAAUUUGAAUGCAGUAGCUGGUGUUUGACCAGAGAGGGCAGUAGAUACAUGUUUUUUUCUUUUUAAAUUUCAAUACUUUACAUAAUAAACUGUGAAGAUUUGCACCAGGAUAGAUAAAACUCUGGGAAAAUUAGUGCAGGUCAUUUUUUAAAUUUUUUUUAAUCUUUGUUUUGAGUUGAAGUUUUUAAUACAUACAACAUUCAUUAAUUUAGUGGAGUUGCAGCAACUUCUUCUUUCACAACUUCUUCCAGCAUUUUUAAGGGCUGUUACACCGUUAAGGUUCAUUUUGGUUAAUUUGGAAAACUUCUUAAGAGGGGAAAAAUAAAAUCGUACAGUGAAAGUUUCCAUGUGGAUACGCCCUCAGUUGCUGCAUGUGAACGGUCCCUUAAUUUGCUCUUUUGUUUUGAAUAAGUUCACUGUGAUUAUUCAGUUUUAAACUCUUUGUUUUGUGCAGAAUGUAUAUAUAUUUUCAGAUAUGGACAGAAGGAAGUGCUUUUUCUUAUUUUUUCCAGUCAGAUCUUUCACGAUACUAAUCAUAAUAAUGAUGAUGAUGAUGAUA